UGUAGCAAGAUGGCCGAAAGGAUGGAUCAAGAGAAGUAUGACCCAGCCCUUUUAGGAAUCCUGCAAAACGAAGGACAGAUCUCCACGUUUCUAGAUGUAGUCCUAGGAUUUUUAUAUAGGAGAACUGAUUUCUUUGUGCUAAUGAAAACUAAGACUGACAAGAUGGGCUUUCCACCAGGAGUUGCAGCCAAACUCCUCCUGACUGCAUAUAAAAAAUAUGAAGAUAUGGCCAAGAAAGCAGAGGAAGAAAGGGCACAGAAAUUAUUAGAAGAACAGAUGAAAGAUGAUGUAAAUAUGGCUCCUCCUGCAGUGGAGAUAAUAGAGGUUGAUUCAGAGCCAGUCUCUCAGGGCUGUUCUGUCACAGAGGUAGUGGAGCCUGACAACGCACAACCCACCCCUGUUGUCAGCUCUAAACGUCAACCCCCACCCAAUGACCCUCCAGCUAAUAACUCAACAGAUGAUGGAGACCGUAAAGUGUACCAGGCUGACUCAGAAUGUUAUAACGGAGCAGUGCGUGACACUUACAGCUGGUCACAAACCAUAGCCGACUGUGAUAUCAGGGUGAAGGUACCCAAAACUGUCAAGAAAGGUGGAUGUGUGAAGGUGAACAUAAAAAAGAAGUAUUUGAGUGUAGCUUACAAGGACAGCCAUAGUGAGUGGGUACAGGCCAUGGACGGACCUCUAACCUGGGACAUCAAAGUGGAGGAAGCUAUUUGGAGCUUGGUACCAGGAGAACACAUACAUAUUAACCUGGAAAAGGUUCAGGAGCGCUGGUGGGAUGCAGUGCUGGAAAAUGAACCCAAGAUAAACGUGAGACAAAUAGAUGCCAGUCGACCAUAUACAGACUUAGAUGAGGAGUCUCAAGCAAAAAUCUCAGAGAUGAUGUACAAUGAGCAGCAGAAGAGACUGGGCCUGCCACAGUCACACGAGAAGAACACCCAUGAGAUGCUGAAGAAAGCCUGGAAUGCUAAGGGUUCUCCAUUUGCUGGGCAGCCAUUUGACCCUUCCAAAAUUUCAGUGGACCCAUCAGGAAUGGUCAAUAUUAACUCUUAAUGAUCAUUGGAUCAAGUGGAGAGAACUUGUGAAGCAAAUUGCCAUCAGGUGGAGCAAGGGGAAUAAUCCAGUGAAUGCCUUCCAGGGAAUGGAGAAUCAGUUUGUGAUCCCUUAUUCUGUAGGACGUUCAGUCCACUGGCCUGCCCUAACACUGCAGUGUUACAUUUCUUCUCCAUCAGUGUUAUAUCUAGAUGUUGAUAGGUUUGUAGCAUCCAUGUUAACUGAGACAUUUGUCCUGUUUGAUGGUGCUCAAGUUCUUUCCUGACUCUUUGUGAUGUAAUGUGUGCCAAAGGAAUUGAGAUCUUGAAAGAUGAAAUCAUAUGACGUUGUUAGCGAAGCAGUGCUGUAUGUUUGUGAUGUAUUAGUCUAAUGUCUCUCUGUGUUACUGCCCCUGUUUGCUUUAUUAUAACAAGUGCCUUUAAUGACUGUGUAGCUGCUGACAUGCAUGUAAACGGUUGAUGGUAAAUGCCUAACUCACUUAACUCUUUGAGGCUAUGACAGUAGGACCAGACUAGGUUGUUAAGAGGAUAUUACGUUAGGUCGUGGCCUCUGCUCAGGUGUGCUUAUAUUGUGUAAUAAUGACAUGACAGUGCGGCUCAUGUAGUGAUCAUCAUAUCUGCUUAGGUGUACUUAUGUUGUGUAAUGUAGAUUUACACUUGACAGUGCGGCUCAUGUAGUGGUCAUAUCUGCUCAGGUGUGCUUAGAUUGUGUAAUGUAGAUUUACACCUGGUAGUGCAGCCCAAUGAUGUACUUGUGCUUGACUUUCAGUCUACGCAUUAACUUUGCUUGAAUCUCAAGAUACAUGUACUUGAGCUUGACUUCCAAGAUAGACUCAUCUGUGCUUGACACUGAAGACAAAUUUAUUUUGACUGAAUGUCACGAAAAGUAAUGUGGAAAUGUUGCCAUAUUCAAUUGUAUGUGCUUAACGUGUAACUUGUUUGCAUCAUUGAUUUUAUCAAGGAUAUGCCAGCUUCAUUGUUGUAAGUUUUCAGAGGUUGUAAAGAUGAGUAUGUAAUUAGAUAACACACCUUCAUAUUUAAUCCUAACUUUGCGAGGACAGUUUUUUGAGAUAGCACCUGGGUUAUAUUUACCAUUUUAGUCGGUUGGUAUGUUUAAUUUAUUGUGAUGUUACCUUUUAUUAUAUGUUUUAGGAGUGUUGAUGGUUACUAAUAUGAGUAGUCUGAUUUUACUAAACAUGUUAAUAAAGCAUUUUUACCUUU